GCAAGCUUCAACAAUGCCCAAUGCCAAAGUCCCUAAACCAGACAAGACGAAACGCAAAAAGUAGAUUUGAGUUAAUUUCGAGUUUAAAAAAAAGUCACGUAGCAUAGUAAAAACUCGCAACUAAAGGUGGCUCUUAUUUAUUCAAUUAAUUUGAAUACACACACGCAACUUUUACAUAUCGCAAUUUACAUAUCGAUACGGCUUUCGUUGACCCGUGAACUCAGCCAUUCGUCGUCUCCUAAUAAGCGAACCUUUAUUUCGUACGUGUUCCUUCGUCUUCGAAAGGGAUGGACACGGAAACUGGCGAAUUCUUGUGCGAAAUGGACCGUGAGACCGGCGAGAACCGAUCAUGGGGCGCUUACUUAAACACCGAGACCGGCGAAGACGAAUGCUCGAAAAAACCGUUCAGGAUAAGCGACCGAGCUGGGGGCGCGAGGUUUCGUCUUUCCGCGAAAAAACGAAUCGAAAGCAGCGAGACGCUCAGCCAAUUCAUCAAGGCGGUCGUUUUUCUUGUCCCCACCGCUAUCGUGUUCACCCCGCUGCUAGGUUUGUUCGUGCUCACUUCGGCGUGUUUCCUUCACAGAUGGAGCCACCGGCAAAACAGGAAGCUCAAAAUGAUGGGAGACUACUCCAUCUACUACCGAAACCCGCUCCACGCGUUGUCGAAGGAAUUUUGCCACCUGUGCAUGGAAGAAAGCAGGAUAAUCAAGUUACCCAAAGCCUCUCCCCUCCUAAGCUGAAGUUUUUUUUGUGUCCACUGCGUCAAUAAAACGACGACCGUUCAAUUUUCUUAGCAUUGAAGUUUGAUUUGUACGGGAUCGACGUUUUGGUUAGUUUAGAUAGACUCACGUUAGACUGAUAAAACGUUAUCUUCAAGUGACUAUGAACAAAUUUUGAGAAGUUUUAUUAGACAUGUGCAUGAUUUUGAAACGUUCAACAAUCAACAUGGCCAUUAACCGUCAAUGUCAAUGAGUUUGAGUACCAUAUUUUUACGCAUCUUUAGGCAAAAAGUCACAAAGUGCUGGUUUGUGGGUGGGCAUUGAUCUUUGUUUUUUUUUCAUUUGUAAGUUGCAGGACCCCAGGAGCCAGUAAAUGAAAAAUAAAAAACAAAUCGU